AUGGUUCCAGCGCCGAAAGACAAAGUAAACAAAGAUGCUGAGUCUUUACCUUUACGAAUUCGAGCCACGAAUAAUCAGACUGAGAAAACCGACUCAGAAGUUCCUAAGGCAACCGCAUCUAAUAACCAAUCAAUAUCUCAUCAUCAGGAAAAGUCAUCACCACCCAUGAAACCAGGGACUCUAACUAAUUCAUCUUCACAUAAAGAAUCAGGACAUACCCCAUUUACUUCCCACAAUAUCACCUCAAAUAUCACCUCUGCUCCUCUCACACAUGUAUCAUAUUCAAACGCGAGUAGCAAUACGUCAAAACCAAUAAGCCAAGGAAAUUCUAGUUCUACAUCACCAAAUACUAUCGACUUGAAUGAAUAUGGACCAGAAGUAGAAACAAAUGCUAGUCUCCCAUCAGGUGUGCCGAGACCAAGCGUACUAUGUGCAAUUGUCUUCGCAGCUUUGGCAGGAUGUGCAGUUUUAAUUUGGAUAGGUAGUAGAAUUUUAUUAGCUUUUAGACGUAAAAGAUCAAAAGCAAAUCGAAAAGAAUGGACACCACCUAAACCAAAUCAAAGAGGACCCAAAGAAGAAAACGAAUUAGAAAUCAUUCAAAAUGAAAGAGAUUCGAUUGGAAAAGAUUUAAAGUUUCUAUCUUCAUCAUCUUUCAAUCAAAACAGGUUUCAACAGUUUAGUGAAAUUCGACAUUAUCCUCAAACACCAGAACAACAUAGAGCAGAAGAAGAUUUUACAAAAUGGUGGAGAGAAAAACAAUGGAAUGAAGAUGAUAGUACAUUAAAUCAUAAACGACCUGAAUCUAGUUUAUCUAAAUUUUAUGAUCCUUAUCAAUCGGAAAGAAAUGAAUCUAGGAUGGGAUUUAGAAAACUUUCGGUUUGUAGUAGUAGUGGUGGUAGUCAUAGUAGUCAUAAUGAUAAAAGGAUUGGAAAUUAUGAUCAUAAUUUCUCUCAUCAUAUGAUCGAACCUAAGAAAAAAGUUAAGGUUGAUGGAUGGCUUGGAACAGUUGGUGAAGAAGCGGGUUGUAGAUCUUCAAUGGGAUCAACUUGGUCACAAGAAAGUUGGGAAGAUUUCGAAGCACAUUCUUCUAUUUCUCCAUCUGAUUCUGCUUCACGUGUUCCUUAUCCACAACAUUCACAACAUCAUCAAAGAGAACCAAGUUCACGUAGGAAUAGAUUAGUUUCGAUUCAAGAACUCCCUCCGCUUCGUUAA